AUGGCUUCCACGCCGAUGGACUUGGACCGCGACGCCGCCUCGACAAACGGCAACUCAUUAAACAUCACGCGAAACACGCCCAGUAGUACAUCUCGCGUCAGCGACGUCAUCUUAAGCUUCCGGCCGACAAAGCUGUUCCGCAGAGAAGACAUCAAAGAUGGCCGUUCCACUCCUCACAUCUUAUCCCUUGACUUUGACGACCCUGGCGAGCUUCUCAUGACCUCGGAAAGCGACGAAACGAUCCAGAUCUACAAUGUUCGAGAGGGCAGGCACGAGAAGAGCCUGUUGAGCAAGAAAUAUGGCGUCAAGCUAGCCAAGUUCACCCAUACAACGUCCAGCAUCAUCUACGCCAGUACUAAGCAGAAUGACCAGAUCCGAUACCUCGCGACCCACGACAACUCCUUCAUCCGUUACUUCGAGGGCCAUGAGAAAGCCGUGACGUGCCUAGCAGUACACCCUGGCACGGACAACUUCAUUUCCUGCGCCAAGGACGACACAGUCCGCCUCUGGGAUAUCAAGUCAAAGCAGUGGUGUGGUCAGCUCUUUCUCAACCAACCUACUCUGGCCGCCUAUGACCCCUCGGGCAAUGUCUUUGGCGUGGCUUCGCCAGCCAGUGGCUCGGUCCUCCUAUAUGACUGCCGUAACUUUGACAAGGCGCCCUUUGGAGUUUUUGAUGUCGUCGAUGCUGUCCGCUCUGUCGACAAGGACUUCUCCAUGAAAGGCUGGACGAAACUUGAGUUUUCGAACGACGGAAAACACAUCCUUCUAGGAACAAGAGGUAACGGGCACUUCUUGCUAGAUGCAUUUGAUGGUCACCUAAAAGCAUAUCUGCGCAAGCCCGAGGGAGGAACGAGGCGACGGGCAGCGGGAGAGUCGGCCGAAGGCUUUGGCGCAGACGAAGGAUCUAGCCCGGAAAGCAGCGGGGACUGCUCAUUCACAGUGGACGGCCGGUACGUGCUCAGCGGGUCGAAGAAGGAUGUCUUGGUAUGGGACACGCAGGGUACGCCGUCCGAUGAGCAGGUUCUAGAUCCUUUAACAGUUCUGGAGGACAAGCGCGAGGCGGCCGUGCUUGCUUGGAAUCCCCGGUACAACUUCUUCGCCACAGCAGACCAGGAGGUUUUGUUCUGGGUGCCGGACCCCCAUGCUUGA